AUGGCGACAGCAGACUUGAUUCUCAUCACAGCAGGACCGUUCCAGUUUCUAGCCAAGUUUGAGUCUGCAGCGCCAAAGACUGUGUCGACUUUCGCAAACCUGCUUCCUUAUCGUCAGAAACUCAUCCACGUCCGAUGGAGCGGCGAGGGUCUGUGGAUCCCGUUGGGAGAACAUGACUUUCACGUAAGCUAUGAGAACCACACCUCUCAUCCAGCAGCGGGACAGAUUCUCUUGUACCCUGGCGGGUUUUCUGAGACGGAAAUCCUGUUCUGUUAUGGAGGGGUGUCUUUUGCCAGCAAGAUGGGCCCCUUGGCCGCAAACCACUUCUUGACCAUUGUCGAGGGCCACGAGUCGUUGCGAGCUUUGGGAGAGCUGGUCUUGUGGAAAGGGGCUCAGGAUGUUACUUUCGAAGCUGCUGAUUCCGCAAAGUAG